GAGAGGACUUAGCGACUUGGACGUCCUGCAAGUUUUUUUUGUUUUUUUUUUUACUAUUUUUUCAUUUUUAAAGUACACUUUGUGUGCGCAGAGCGAAGGAAACCAUAAAGUCAUAUCAAUAAUAAUAAUAAUAUUAAAAAAAAAAAAAAAAACGAAAGCAACGGAGGCACGAAAGAGGGUCAUGGAGACGUGCUCACGGACUCUCCUGCUGUUGCUGCUCCUGCACUCCGCUGCCGUCUUGUCCUUGUCCACACAUGUGGCGUUGGUCUACCCGCAGGAUCCCGUCCUCCGCGUGGGCUCUAACCUGACGGCCACCUGCUGGAUGCACCCGGACGCCGGCGUCCACGCCGGCUCGCUGUACUGGACGCUCAACGGCCAGAGGCUGCCCGCCUCCACGUACCGGACGCUGAGCCCCAGCAACCUCAGCGUGACGCUCAGCGGUCUCAACGCCUCGCGGCAGACGUCGGGCGACAAUCUGGUGUGCCACAACCACAAGGGACACAUCCUGGCCGGGUCCUGCAUCUACGUCGGAAUGCCUCCGGAGAAGCCUCUCAAUUUGACGUGCUGGUCGCGGAACACCAAAGACCUGACGUGCAGCUGGGCGCCGGGAGGGAAGGGGGAGACCAGCAUUAGCACCCAGUACUUGCUCAAGUACAAGCUGAGGUGGUACGGCGAGGAGAAGGAGUGCGACGACUACGUUCACGCUCAGCCGUACUCGUGCAGCAUCACCCGCGACCUGCACCUCUUCACCCCUUACGAGAUCUGGGUGGAGGCGUCCAACCAGCUGGGCCGGGCCGCUUCCGACGUCAUCGCGCUGGACAUUCUCGACGUGGUGACCACGGACCCCCCGUCGGGGGUGACGGUGAGUCGCGUUGGGCAGCUUGAGGACCAGCUGAGCGUCCGCUGGGAGGCCCCGCCGGGGCUCAAGGACUUCCUGUUCCAGGCCAAGUACCAGAUCCGCUACAGGCUGGAGGACAGCCAAGACUGGAAGGUGAUGGAUGACGUGGGAAAUCAGACGUCUUGCAGGCUGGCGGGACUCAGACCUGGAACUGUGUAUUUUGUGCAGGUCCGAUGUAACCCGGUGGGCAUCUACGGUUCCCGCAAAGCUGGGAUCUGGAGCGAGUGGAGUCAUCCCACAGCUGCGUCCACCCCGCACAGUGAGCGGGCGCCGCCGGGCUCGUGCGACCCGAAGUCCAGCGGCGACUCCAACUCGACGCUGCGUCGCGAGCUGAAGCAGUUUUUCGGCUGGGCCCGCAAACACGUGUACGGCUGCAGCAGCAUGACCAUGAAGCACUACGACCAGUGGCGGGUGCUCAUGCAGAAGUCGCACAAAGCACGCAACCAGGUAGGUUCUCCAAGGGGAUAAGUCGUAGCACAUGCCGAGUGGAAGAAAAAAAAAAAACAACAACACGCAGCCGUUGGAGCGACGAGCAGAGGAUGCUUGUUAAAAGAAGAAGAAGAAAAAAAAAAGAGAGAAAAAUGUUUGGCAAGAACUGGUCUUGGUUUUUUUUUUUUUUUUUUGCGGCCAGAUGACAUCGUUGCGUUUUCAUCUGUUAAAGUCUCCCCCCCCCCCCCCCAAACAAGAAGGCAAUCAGGCGUUUGGGAAACAAAACUUCCCCGCAUCUUCAUUGUUUGCAUAUUCCCAGAUGGGAAGAGUACAAAACGUUACGUACGGCGCAAAACUGUUUGCUGACUUUGAAGUGAAAAAUCGCUCUCUUUAAAAAAAAAAAAAUGGCUGACAGAUGAUUUAGAAAAAAAAAAAAAAAAAAAAAAGGUAGCAGGGGUGCACAUGUACACGCACUUGACGCAAAGACUCUCCACUAUCGACCCAGGCCAACUGCAAAACCUCUCUGCUGUGAUGUCACUUCAGCGUACGUCCUUGACACCAACAUUACUAGAUUGAUGUCAUUCUUAGUCGUGUCCUAUUCCUUGUAGAUAUCUUGUGAAAUUUCAGAAAGGCCAGGACAACCAUAUAUGUAUUUUUUUUAAAUAACCUGCUCAGGAUAGGUUUAAAAAAAAAACAAAGGAAACUAAGUGAAUAAUAAACUUUGAAUGUGCACCGGAUUGCCCAUAGUACAGAGCCCCUAAAGGGACAUUGGAAAAAAAAAAAAAACUGGUUUCUCAUUGUGAUGAGAAAGUUUCUCAUUGUAAUGAGUAACUAGUCCAUUGCAUGUGUGCAUCUAUGAAAUACCCUUGUUCCUUAUUCAGGAAGCUACCGCUAGCAGUUAAAUAAGCUACGACUACCUGAACGCAGGAAGCUCUGGAUCCCUUAAAGGGACAAAAAAACCCCAACUGGUUUCUCAUUGUAAUGAGUAAGUUUCUCAUUAUUAAGUUACUCAUUACAAUGAGAGUGUCGAAAAACGGCUACCUGUGGGUCUUAGCUUAUUUACCUGCUAGCGGUAGCUUCCUGCGUUCAGGUAAUCGUAGCUUAUUUACCUGCUAGCGGUCGCUUCCUAAAUAAGGGUCUUUGAUACAUGCAAUGGACUAGUUACUCAUUACAAUGAGAUGGUUUCUCAUUUUAAUGAGAAACUAGUUAGUCCCCCCCCAAUGUCCCUUUAGGAAGAUACCACUAGCAGGUAAAUAAGAUACGACCCACAGGUAGCCGUUUUUCGACUAUCACAUUGUAACGAGUAACUUACUCAUUGCAAUGACAAAGUUACUCAUUACAAUGAGUAACUUCAUUACAAUGAAAAAAAAAACUGUUACACACCCCCCCCCCCCCAUGUCCCUAUAGGGGCUCCAUACUGCAGUACACUACAUAGUCCAAAUGCCUGAUUCUGACUGAAUGCCAUUUUUUUUAUAUAUAGAUUUUUUUGGGCCCGUCUAUUUCAAGCAACACCCGUAUCCAAAAUAAAUUCAACCAACAGAACCCGCAAAAAUGAACCAGAGACACAAAAUUGAACGCACGCAAUUUCAGAACCAUCAACAUGGUUAUAAUAAAAAUAAAAUUGUCGUGAGCAAGGCUUGGCCACUGCCUUGCUCACGACAACAACAAAAGUUAUACGGCGUUUAGUUGCUCACGGUCGACGCUUGAAGUUUGCAGCGAUGACGUUUAUGGACAUUUAUCCACAUUUGGAAGAUAUUAAUAUUAAGUGCACCUCAAAAGAAACUUUUGAGUCACUUGAACCAUCCAAGGUCAAUCCAGCCUUCGUUUUCAGUAUUUCUAAAAUGUGUGUGCAAAUGUUUUUUUGGUUGUUUUUUGUUUUUAAAGCCAGACUUCUCUCGCCUCGCCUUUAUUUUUGUACUGGAUCACAGCAGCAUAUUUAAGAGUGUGGAAGGUGAUGUGUUUUUUAUUAUUUCUAAGUUAUGUUUUAGCUCGUGAAUAAAAAAAAAAAAAAAUUGAA